AUGCCACUAUGGAACCAACUACCCAGCCUUGAGCCCGAGAUUUGCCGCGAGCGGAUCCUCCACGCCCUGACCUGCCCCGCCCGCAUGGAGCAGCAAGAUUCCAGACCAGCGCAGGUACGACCAACGGCUCCCGCGGUCCCCUCGCUGUGCCACACUUACAACGGAGUACAUAUAACAUGGCUAUGGGAAGCUGUGGCCGCGGAGGAGCCUCGACCGUGCAGAAAUUUCUCGCGACGGGCCUUUUGCCCUCCGGCCGUUUGUGUCAGGAAAGAGUCGCCCGACUCCGAGAUCAAAACUGUGAACUUCAGUGCUGCUGCUGAUGGUCGUCUGAUGAUCCUUCCGGUCCGCUGA